AUGUCUGCUGGAGACUUGGAGUAUAGCUACAGCAAGAUAGCUAGUACUGUAGAAUCUGAGGAGGAGGAAGACGAAGAUUCUCAGUCAGAUGAAGAAGAUGAAGAUGAAGAUGAAGCUGACUUGAAGAUGAUGAAGAAGAAGAGGGAAUGUGAGCAGUGUCUGCAAAGAGCCAAACUCAGGAGGACUGAAGUUGGUGCUGAAGCUGGUGCUGAAGCUGAUGAAUCUCUCCCUGAUCUCAUGGUGAGUUUUCUUAGUGAAGAGGCUGAGGAAGACUCUGUUUGCUCUUGUACUGCUACUGCUACUGCUACUGGCAUUGGGUACUCUGAGCAAGCCAUGGCUCUGAACGAGGCUUACAUUGCUCUAGAAAACAUGAGAAAAGCAAAUCUGGAAGUUGCCUUGGCUGGUUCUGAUCUUGCCAAGCAAGUAGACAUUCAUCACUAUUGUACUGCUUGUCUCAAGGACUGCUUAAGUUCAAGUUCAGGGCUAGCUAAGGACCAAUGCAGUCUAGCUAAGGAACAAGCUAAGGGGAACAGAAGAUUUUCCUUUUCAAGCCCUGCUUUUGUCAGCAAAGUUCUAUUUGUCCUUCGCCACAACAAGAAUCCGCCACCUUGCCUGGUCUGUGCCAAUCCAGUCUGCAAAAAACACUCGUGUAGAAAGACCAGGUACACCAGUAAGGAUGGACUUUACGUGUGUCAAGAUUGCGCCACUCUUUUUAACUCGGAGUCCAUUUUGAAACAACUACAACUGCAAGAUGACUGCUCAGACAACAAAGACAAAGACAACCCCUUCAGUCAAGACCAAUUUCUCGUACAGAUGAUUGAUGCAUACGACCGGGCACUCAUACUCCUCCAGUAUGCCGCGCCCUUUGUGGAGGAAAUUGCCACGUGUCUCGAAACCAGUACCAAAAAUACCAAUCACAUUCAUCUCAGUAGCAGCAGUGUCGGAAUGCUCGCGGGGGUCACCGGUGUAGGAGCUGUCGCUGGACAAGCCGCGGCAGGAGUUGGAUUGACGGCAGCUGCUACCAUGCUCACUCCGGUGGGACCGCCUCUCUUACUCGCGUCUCUGGUACUCGGAGGAACCGCCGCAUCCGCCACCAUUGGUACUGAAGUCUAUCAUCAUGCCAAUCGGCAAUCCUACACGCAGCAGUCCGCCAACAAAAUUUUGGCGUGGUAUCAGGUCGUCACGUCUAUUCAAAAAGCUCUCAAUCUACAUGACGAUCUACAUGUACCGACGAGUGAUGACGACGACGAUAAUAUCCAUGGCAAACUACAACCAGAACAAGAAAACGACAGUCCACUCGAGUAUCCUUCCUUGGACGCCAUUGACGAUGAUUCAGAAGAUGAUGAACAAUCGGUACAGGAUGUCACACCUGAACCUAAAACACCGGACACCCAAGCUACCAUUGAGCCAACUUGUACUACUACAAGUACCUCGGCUUCUGCUUCUCUCGAACACGAACACGAAUAUGCAUUGUCAGCCAUUGACGAUGACGAUGACGAUGAUGACGAGGAAGAGGAAGUGCCUACUACGAAGUACAAAAAUCACCAGGCUGCGAACGAGUACGAACCGUCGACCAUUGACAUUGAUGAUAAUGACAACGCAGAGGAGACAGCCGACAAAGAGACUACGACGUUACCAGCCAACAAUAUCCAAAAGACUGUCUCGACUGAGGAAUACGGCUUGUCAGCCAUCGACGACGAUUCUGUGGACGCCCGUGACACCGGCAACGAGUCCAUCGGCGAUGAGGAAGCCAAAUUGGAUGAAAACUCCACCGAGGCCCUCUUGCUCGAUCCAGUCACCACCAACUCGCAAACAACGCAAACCGUAGCAGUCAAGAGCAACAGCAAACAUCCCUUGGCAUGUCUCAUGCCACUGGCGCCACUGUUGGAUGAUGUCUUGUUGAACAUUAGCAAAAUGUUCAUGGAUCCGUCGGGAGGAGCACGUGUGGCCAUUUCCAGAGCAUCCAGUCAUGCCUUCAAGGUUGCACAGAUCGCUACCAUUGCCUGUGGAGCGCUCAGUGCCGCCACGAUAGUUCUAGAAAUGAACAACUUCUCCAAGAGUUUGCAUCAUCUCAAGGCGGGAUCGCCCUGUCAAAAGGCACAAAUGCUCCGUCGUAUUGCUGGGGAGGUGGAACAGAAUCUAAUGCCGGUGACACAAGUUGUGGCGGAGCGGUGUGAGAUGUACCGUCGUAAUGAUGAUGGUGACAGCUACGACGAACAGGAACUACUAGAUUAG